AUGAUUUCGCCGACAUCUCACCUUGUCAUGCUUGAAAUAAAUCUUCAUAAACCACAAGUACUAUUGGGGUCGCAAGGCUUGUCAGAAGAGGAGAAAAAGGUGAAGAGAGCUAGAAGAAAAGCUCUUGGUUCUUGGUUCUACUCUCGGUACGUCGACGAUUGCUUUGUCAUCUGCGCCACCCAAGCGAAGGUAGACCAGGAGGCUCUCGUGAUCGAUCAGUCAGCGUACCAUGCUAGGCGUCUCCGAUUCAAGGCUCUGAAGGGGACGAUUUUCUCGAAACGUUAG